AUGGCAGGCCCAGGAUCCACAGCACAAGAUGUCAUCACAUGUGAUCUAUGUGAUAACCCUACCCAGCAAUAUUGUAAUAACUGUCAAGUCAAUCUGUGUGUAGACUGUGUCAGUAAACAUGUAGACAUACUCAAGUCUUCUACGCAUGACAUCGUUCCCUUCAUGAAACGAAAGAUACAGCUUGUUUUCCCUGAGUGCACCUCUCAUCCACACCAGAGAUGCGAGGGGCACUGCCAACAGUGUGACGUCCCAGUCUGCUUCAAAUGUCUCACUGGACCUCACAAUAAGCAUGACGUCACAGACAUGGCUGAUAUUGUUGCAAUGACAAAAGAAGAAAUCAAAAAAGACACAGAAGAAAUUGCAGACAUUCUUAUUCCCAAAUACGGACAAGAUGAUGAAGAUUCAGAUAAAAAGAUAGCCAAAUGUAGAACCAAAUUUGUCAAAAUGGAGGAAGAUGCAGAGAAAACUAGGACGCUGUGGCAUCAGGUUGUGGAUGAUAUAUUCAACAAAAUCCAGUCCACACUUAAGUCAAAGAAAGAGAGCUGUGAAUCAGCCCUGAAGAUACACCAGUCCAAAAUGAAGAAAGCCUUGCCAAGUCUCAAUGAAACUCUUAAACAAAAGAAAUAUAUUUUAAAGUCCAACAAGGUGUUAGAAAUCACAAAGUACAAAUCAAAACUGGUAGAAUACAGGGAAAUUUUCACCGACAGUGAUGUUCUGCUGCCAGAAUGGGAGUCCAUUACCGUCCCUGGGGUAAAGUUAAGCGUACAGUUAGAAGAGCACAAGGCUACCCUGACACAGACAUCUAUAUCCAAUACAAGAGAGGACACAUCUUCUCCAUCUAUGAAGUUUUUACAUAAAGCCCGAGUUAUUGCAGAUCUACCUACUGGAAUCAAACCCCUGUAUUCAGUCGCCUGUGAUGGGAAAGAUGAAGCUUGGCUGUGUAGUAAUGAUCCAACUAUAAGGCGGGUAGAUAAACAUAAGACUAUAAAGGAUGUCGUCAAAACCAUUUGUAUAGAAUGUCCUGGAGACAUAACCAUGUCUUUAAAGGGAGAGUUGAUUUACAGUGAUUUUGACAAUAAAACUGUAAACAUUGUCAGAAAUGGGAAGUCAGAAAUACUGAUCUCAGCACCACAGGAUUGGCUGCCAUUAGGACUGUGCUGCACCAGAUCAGGUGACAUCCUGGUGAACAUGGCUACUAAAAACAGAGACCAACACAAGACUGUCCGAUAUCAGGGACAGUGGGUGAAACAAGAAAUAAUUGAUGAUGAAUACGGCAUUCCAAUCUACAAAGGAGGUUCAAGUCCAUUGUUUCUGGCAGAGAACAACAAUGGUGACAUCUGUGCCUCAGAUUGUAAUGCUACAGUCGUGGUUGUCGUCAGCAAGACGGGAAAAGUCCGAUUCAGAUAUAAUGGAGAUUCAGCCAAGAGGAGAAAUUCCUUUGGUCCAGUACAGAUUGUGACUGACUUAUCAAGUCAGAUCAUCAUGUCAGAUGUAUUCAAUGAUUGUCUACAUAUUUUAGAUCAGAAUGGAUAUUUUCUUCGCUGCAUUGAUGACUGUGGACUAGUUGCUCCUGGAGGGCUGAGCUUGGAUACUGAGGGAAGGAUAUGGGUGGGGUUAGAAUCUGGAAACGUGAAAGUGAUUCAGUACUUGAAAUAA